CGGCGCCGCUGCCCGCCCCGCGGCGCGCUUGGGGCGGCAAGUGCGGUUCGGCCAGCGCGGUGCUGGCGGAGCGGCCUAGCGCGGCCUCGCAGCCAUGGGGAAGAAAGGGAAGCGGGAGAAGAAAGGGAAAGGGGCCGAGAAGACAGCUGCUAAGAUGGAGAAGAAGGUGUCCCGCAGAGCCAAGAAGGAGGAGGAGGAUCUUGAAGCCCUGAUAGCAGAAUUCCAAAGUUUAGAUGCUAAAAAGACCCAAGUAAUUGAGUCAUCCUGCCCACCCCCUUCACCUAGGCUCAAUGGCUCCCUCUCUGCUCACCCUGAGAAAGAUGAAUUGAUCCUUUUUGGAGGUGAAUAUUUCAAUGGCCAAAAAACAUACCUGUAUAAUGACCUCUAUGUUUACAACAUCCGAAAGGACAGCUGGGCCAAAGUAGAGGUCCCCAACCCACCACCAAGGCGAUGUGCUCACCAGGCAGCAGUGGUGCCCACAGCCGGUGGGCAGCUCUGGGUGUUUGGAGGGGAGUUUGCGUCUCCCAAUGGGGAACAGUUCUAUCACUACAAGGAUCUCUGGGUCCUGCAUUUGGCUACCAAGACCUGGGAGCAGAUCAAGGCAUCAGGAGGUCCCUCUGGGCGAAGUGGACAUCGAAUGGUCGCUUGCAAAAGGCAGUUGAUUGUCUUUGGAGGCUUCCAUGAGAGCACGAGAGAUUACAUCUAUUACAAUGAUGUCUAUGCCUUCAACCUGGAAUCCUUCACUUGGAGCAAGCUGGCUCCUUCAGGGAUUGGGCCUGCUCCAAGAUCAGGAUGUCAAAUGGCUACCACUCCUGAGGGCAGCAUAAUCAUCUAUGGAGGCUACUCCAAACAGAGAGUUAAGAAAGAUGUUGACAAAGGCACUCUGCACACAGAUAUGUUCCUGCUGAAGACUGAAGGUGUGGGCAAGGAGGAAGACAGGUGGACAUGGAGUCGGCUCAACCCCUCUGGAGUGAAGCCCACUCCCAGGUCUGGCUUCUCGGUGGCAGUGGCUCCCAACAACCGCUCCCUUCUGUUUGGAGGAGUGCAUGAUGAAGAGGAGGAGGAGAGCAUCGAAGGAGACUUCUUCAAUGACAUUUAUUUCUACGACAUGGGGAAAAACCGCUGGUUUCCCGGGCAGCUGAAGGGACCAAAGUCAGAGAAGAGGAAGCGAAGACGUGGCCGACAAGCUGAGGCAGAGGGUGCUGGGGAUGAGGAGAUGGAGAAGCAACCUGCACAAGGCCCGGUGGAGAUAGUCAAAGAGGUGGUGGCAGAAGAUGGGACUGUCAUGACAAUCAAGCAGGUGAUCUCUGGACUGUCAGAUGAGAAGGAGAGGUCCGAAUCGGAGGAGGAGGAGGAAGAUGGAGCCUUGGGGCAGCAAGUGGAGCCAUGCCCACGUUCAAAUGCCAUGUUGGCAGUGAAGCAUGGGGUUCUGUAUGUCUAUGGGGGAAUGUUUGAGGUGGGCGAUCGCCAGUUCACCCUCAGUGACCUCUACAGUAUCGACCUACACAAGAUGGAAGAAUGGAAGGUGCUAGUGGAGAUGGAUCCAAAAACACAAGAAUGGCUGGAAGAGUCAGACUCGGGUGAAGAGGAUGAUGAUAUGGAAGGUGCAGAAGGAGGGGAAGAGGAAGAAGAGAGUUCUGAAGAGGAGAGUGAAGAUGAGGAAGGAGAGGAGCAGCACCCACCCGUUCAGCCUGGUGAAAAGCACACAGACUACCUCUCCAGGACGGAGCAGUACUGGAUUCAGCUGGCCCGCAGCAACAUGGGCCCGGAUGCCAAGGAGAAGAAGGUGGCAAAAGUGGCACAUGCCAUGGCAAAGACUGUCUAUGAAAAUUCAACUGAGGCUGUUCCAUGAGUGAAGAAAGAUACUGAGAGCAGUGGUCAGAGCCACUGACCUCAGCCUGAUGGGCUGGGCAGUCAGCAUGUCCAGAGGGUAUCCUCACACUCCAGCUGUGAGCGCCUCUGGGCUGACCUAUUUCAAUACUUGUUUAAUGUUCUGGAUGUGAUGUUACUGCUCUGGAGGUCCUGGAAGGGUCUUAAGGAACAAGACUGCUGUCCAAGCACUUGUUCUACUGAGGCUGCUGUGUACAAUACUGUCAUACUUGGGUUCAGAAGUUGCUGGGACUCUGUCAACAUAAGCUGCACAUCACAGUGGUUCAUUUGGCCCAAAUUCCCUACCCCAGCUGGGGCCAGAGUGUCCUCCAAAGGUUUCUACAAUAAACAUCUUUGGCUACAUCA